CUACUUCCUGGUCCCCUGUCGUCCAUACAUACACGUGAAGGUCAGCUACAGAGCCAUAAGGCAGUCGAAAUUGGAAAUAAAUCGCCUUUCCGACCCCUUUACAGCAAAACAUGGAAGGCCAGGGAGCGACAGCAGACCCUCAGCUGCAGCACUUCAUCGAAAUCGAGACUCAAAAGCAAAGAUUUCAGCAGCUGGUGCAUCAAAUGACGGAGGUUUGCUGGGAGAAAUGUAUGGAUAAACCCGGGCCGAAGCUGGACUCCAGGACGGAAAUGUGCUUCGUAAACUGUGUGGAGCGAUUUAUUGACACCAGCCAGUUCAUCCUAAACAGACUGGAACAGACUCAGAGGAGCAAAGGAUCGUUCUCUGAGAGCAUGUCGGACUAAAAACUGUCCCUGACAGAUAAGACACAUGCACCACCGCUACGAGGACGUUGGGUCCUGACACAGCUGUCUGUAAUGAACGGUCGGUUCAACUGGAAAAAAAGAACAUCAAGUGUUACUUUUGAUACAAGUGCCUCAUUUUAACACGAUGUAUGGAUGCACAAGUCUAUUUGUCCUCCACUUAUUGUCAUCUGUUACUAGUGGUGACCACAUGUUUUUGUCAAGUCAGUUCACUGGUUAAACUGUGAAACUGAGCUUGAAUGUGUUAAUGUCCACUGCUGUAAGAAGUGGGUUAAGAGCAGAAAGGUGGACUUAUCUGGGACAUCCAGCUCCAAGGACUUCACCACACACACACUGCAGCAAUUUAAGAGGAGUAACAAUGUCUUGGAUGAAAAGAGGUGACUUUCUGAACUGUACACAUGCAAUAAAUGCCAAAUAAUUCUGUC